UCGGGCUCGAGCUCGGCGCACUCCCUGCGCGGCCGGCGAGCCGAGCGGACGCCCUCGGGGCCGCGCCGCAGCCCUCCGCGCUCCCCCCUAUCAUGCCCCGGGCCCGGGCCCGGGCCGCCCCAGCAGCCAGGACACGAUGCCCGAGGGCGGCGGAGGCGACAGCGGGGAAGUGCCUGCGUUCAUCCCGGACGGCGAACCGCUGCGGGAGGAGCAGCGGCCCCUGAAACAAUCCCUGGGAAGCUCUCUGUGCCGAGAGUCGCACUGGAAGUGCCUGCUCCUCACACUGCUCAUCCAUGCCUGCGGCGCCGUGGUGGCCUGGUGUCGCCUGGCCACGGUGCCACGGCUGGUCCUGGGGCCUGAGGCAGCCCUGGCCCGCGGGGCUGGGGGCCCCCCGCCCACCUACCCCGCCAGCCCUUGCUCAGAUGGCUACCUGUACAUCCCGCUGGCCUUUGUCUCCCUUCUCUACCUCCUCUACCUGGCUGAGUGCUGGCACUGCCACGUGCGCUCGUGCCAGGCGCCGCGCACUGACGCCAACACCGUGCUUGCCCUGAUCCACCGGCUGCAGCAGGCGCCGCCCUGUGUCUGGUGGAAGGCCACCAGCUACCACUAUGUGCGGCGCACCCGCCAGAUCACCCGCUACCGCAACGGCGAUGCCUACACCACCACGCAGGUCUACCACGAGAGGGCUGACAGUCGCACGGCUCGCGGCGAGUUUGACUACUCGGCCCACGGCGUUCGCGAUGUCUCCAAGGAGCUCGUGGGCCUGGCUGACCACGCGGCCACGAGGCUGCGCUUCACCAAGUGCUUCAGCUUCGGCAGCGCCGAGGCCGAGGCCUCGUACCUCACCCAGCGGGCCCGCUUCUUCAGCGCCAAUGAGGGCCUGGACGACUACCUGGAGGCCCGCGAGGGCAUGCACCUGAAGGACGUGGACUUCCGCGAGUCGCUCAUGGUCUUCGCGGACCCGCGCAGCCCGCCCUGGUAUGCCCGCGCCUGGGUCUUCUGGCUCGUGUCGGCGGCCACGCUGUCCUGGCCGCUGCGCGUCGUGGCAGCCUAUGGCACAGCCCACGUGCACUACCAGGUGGAGAAGCUUUUCGGUGCCGGCUCGCCCCCCUCUGGGGCGGUGCCCAGCGGGCCCCCGCUGUCCCGGGUGGCCACGGUGGACUUCACCGAGCUGGAGUGGCACAUCUGCUCCAACCGGCAGCUGGUACCCAGCUACUCGGAGGCCGUGGUCAUGGGUGCCGGCUCCGGUGCCUACCUCCGUGGCUGCCAGCGCUGCCGUCGCUCCCUCAGCAGCAAUUCGCUGCCCCCUGCCCGGCCCGGUGGGCCCCGCCUGCCUUUCAGCCGCAGCCGCCUCUCUCUGGGAGCUGGGGGCCGGGCCACACCAGGGGUCUUCCGAAGCCUGAGCGGGGGGCCACUGGGGCGCCGCGGAGAGGACACAGAGCCCCUGGAAAGCCCACCGUGCUACGAGGACGCCCUAUACUUCCCGGUGCUCAUUGUCCAUGGUGACAGCGGCUGCCAGGGGGACGGGCAGGGUACACUCUGAGACCCGUGGGGUCCCCAGGUGGCCUCUUCCCCACCACCCCGCCAUGGGCUUUGAUGCCUGAGCGGCUGUUGUCCGAGAUAGGAGGGAAAACAGACCAGCACACGAGGGGUGGGGGAGGGGUAGAGUCCUUAAUCAGACUGAAGCGCAGCAACCCAGGGUGAUUUGGGGGGUGAAUGGACACCACUGAAGUUGAGUCUGUGAACAUCCCAGCAUGGGUCCCCACCACCACCGUGUUCCACCCCCUGCGAUGGCUGGUGAUCUAGCCUAGAGACCUGUCAGGUUGGGCAGGGGGGAUGUUUCCAGAAAGCCUGGGAUGGGGAAGGAGUCCUGGGGACAGCUAUUACAUGCAGCAGAGGGCUGCUUACCUGCUCUUCCCUGCAUGGCUGAGGCCACAUUGGGAGCCCUCGAGCAACCCAGAAGCACAAAUUGGUGGUUUGGGGCUAUGCCCAGUUGGGCUGGCUUCCAAGAAAUUGAAGAGCUGGCUGUGACAACACCACAGCCUGGCCCCACUACAGCCCCAAGUCCCCAUCCUCCUCGCCUGACAACCGCUCCCUGCCUACCCUCUGGUCUCUGCUCAGGGCCAGUCCCUGAUCAGACUGUGGCACAGCCCCUGUACUGGGAGCCUGGUUCUUGGAGCACAGCCUUGUCCCCCUUGGCCCCCUGUUUUUCCCUGGUGUACCCUCCCCUCAUAUCCAGCUCCCCUAUGACCUGGCGUUCCUUCUUAGGACCCUGCCUUGAUCCCACAUCUUCUGGUCUCUGCUCCUGUCCCCCCAAAGUCCACAUCCGCCUCUAUCAGCCACGCACACUCUCCCCCCGAGGCUUUGUCCUCUCAUUGCUCCCCCAGACUUCUCUGCUCUUCACCUUCCUGAUGACCCACGGGGCCCAGGGCCACAGGGCAUCCGAGGGACCUCGGCCUUGGCCACAGCCUCUUGGACGAUGCACCUGCUCUGCCAUGGAGGCCCCUGCUUCUCCCAUCAGUGGGGCCAGGCCCAUGGGACUGUUCCUCCUCCAGGGAGGAGAGAGUAGUCCCCUUCUUCCCAGCUGGGGUUUCCACCACCUCUAGGGUGUCAGUGGGUGAGGGAGGAGGCAGAGAAGACACAGAUAAAAUAAAAGAUAUGAAAUGCAAGGUCUCACGUGCAUUCCUAAGUGGUGGGUCUAAGGCCAUUACAAGUGCAAUGGGCCACCCUGGGUUAGCGUUUCGAUGCUUGGUUCUGGAAGGGGGGGCCAGGUUGGGCUCCAGUGUUCCCAGGAACAGGGUAAGCUGAGAGGGAACCUCUUUGCCCAGCCUAGGGCCUGAGACUCAGGUUUAAGUUGCUCUGAGCAGCUCACCCCAACUGACUGGCAUCUGGGUCACUUCUAAGGCAUUGUCCAAGUGGUCCAUCUUCCAGCCCAGUGGGGGUUUUUGUUCUACCGCUGGACAUACUGAGGUCUAAGAGCCUGGUGACUGGUCCCCAGAGUGGAAGAAAAGAGCUAUGGUCUGUGGCGUAAGUUCAGUUCCCUCAAUGGCCACUGGUGUUCGGGGGAGUGGGCGCUAAGCAUGUCGGAGGACACAGGUGGGAAAUAGCCAGCCCUGAAUCAGCACUUGGGAUCUGAAGAUCAAGAACGAGGGCAAAUGAAGGGCCUCACUCACUCCUGGAGGUGGCAUCUUCACAUGGAUGGCCGUGCAGGGAGUUCACUGUGCCAGGGCACCGGGCUAGAGGGCAGAUGUGGGUGGAAGGCAGCCUGUGGGCCUCUCCUCCAGCCCCAGCAUGGAGCUGCACCCACCUGCAUGAAGGCACCCUUUUCUAAUCCGUGCAAAGACAGUA